AUCACGGUUUGUUUUUGUUCCACAGAUCGUACAUCAGUCAUUGCAGAAUCUACUAUCCUGUCGUUAUUCAAAAUAUUGUUCAUUGUUUUAAUAUAAAAAAAAACAUAAAACUAGGAUAUAAUGCUUUCAAACAACUCAAAGAUACUUUUACGAAUAAUAACUACAGUAUAUAAUAGCGGUAUUCGUAAAUACGUAACACCUCCGAAACGAUUCUACCGUAAAACCGGAGUUGUUACCAGCAACGGAAAGUACGAAAUUACACUCGAUCAACGCAAGUUGAAAACUCCUAACGGAUCACCGUUUUAUGUUGAAAGUGAGCCUUUAGCCAUAGCAAUUGCUACCGAGUGGGAUGCCCAGAAAGAAGUGGUGGAUCGAUCAAGCAUGCACUUAACAGCUCUGAGCAGUACAGUAAUCGAUAAUCCGAACAAUCUGCAGAAAACAGACAUCAUAAAUUAUCUGGUGAAUUACUUGAAUACUGACACUGUUUUGUUCCAUUCUGGUGAAGAGGAAUCACUAAAAAAGUUGCAAACAAGCGAAUGGGAUCCCGUGGUUAAUUGGUUUAAUGAGCGCUACCAAGUGCAACUAACUGCCACCGAUGGGUUAGAAAUUCCUAGCUUUCCUCCAGGCACGGCCAUGAACAUCAGUCGCUAUCUAACUUCAUACAAUGAGGCCGCCCUGCAUGGGUUUAUGUUCGCAGUUGACACGAUUAAAUCGAUUAUCCUAACCUGUGCUUGCGUAGAUCGAUUCAUUACCCCAGAAAAAGCAGUGCUGUUGGCACGAUUGGAGGAAGAAUAUCAACAAGGAUAUUGGGGUCGAGUGGAGUGGGCUCAUGACGUUCAACAACUAGAUUCGCAAGCCCGUCUGGCAGCAGCUGUACUAAUGAUUCACCUGAACUCUAGCAAUGUUUUCAUAAAACAUAAAAAUAUUUAAGUGAUAUUUUCUUAUGAAUUGAA